AAUACAUUUUUUUUUUAAAAAUAGGAAUGCAUAAGGGACGUUGCAAUAUGCGUUGCAAUGUAUUGAAUACGCGAUGUAACAACUUAUUUGUAGGCUUUUCAUUUUUAAAUUUAGGCAUUUUUAAAUUUUAGUUAAACUGAAGAAGUAAGUAGUAAGUUUACAAACAUAUAUUCUAUUCACAAUUAUCUUUCAUUUGAUACCAAAUUUUGUCUUACAACUGACUAAUACUAUAACUAUACUAUAAUGAAUAAUGUCUAUAACUAUAAAUAAUAACCGUUUAAAUAUUUUUCAAUAAACCCAACCUCUCACUCUUCUGCAGUUCCAAAUAAUAGCCACUUCGUUAAUUUAAUUAAUAAUUGUGUAACUUGCUAAUCGAUACUAUUACUAGACUAGGCUAUACUAAACUAUUCUAUUUAUUUUUUAACUUAAGAAUGAAAUAUUCAGUUUGUUGACAGUUUGUGAGUGUAAGAAUAGUAAGAUUAAGACACUAUCCUAUAAAUAAUAAAUAACUAUAACCACAGUAUUACCAGUGCCAGUGCUUUAACAUUAACUAAUUAUAUAUCAGUUUACUUUCAGUAGGCCUACAAAUAUUCUUACAUUUAUUUGUCUUUAGUUAGUGCUUAACCUGCUACGUUUACAUAGUCUUAAGUCAAGUCUUGAGUCUUUAGCCUUAAAAAAAAAAAAAAACAAGUUAAUAACCUAGACUUAGACCUAGUCCUAGUCCUAGCAUACUCUAACUCUAGUAACUACAGUUACAGGCCUACUGAUUAUUGAUUGGCAUUAAUGUAGGCCUGGUUCUAAAAGUAGUAGUACCCCAUCAUUUUAGUCAUAUAUCAUGUAUCAUACUAUGACAUGUAUGUAAAAUGUAAUGAAAUGUGUCUCAUUUACAUUUACAGAUACUCGAAAAAAGAUAUUGGCUGUGGUGUGUUUAGAAAGCCAUGGAUGUUUUAGAGCUUACUUUUUUAGGAACAGCUUCAGCUGUGCCCACUCUAAUUAGGUGUGUGUCAUGUACAGCUCUUAGGCAUGGUGAGUUGCAAGUAGCAUUACGUUUACAAUUAUUUUAUAACGGAAUAUUUCUAAAAGCCUGGUGCAUCUACAUUGUCUACAUAAAUAGGAGCCAGAAUGAUCAAUAUAUUAAUUGUGAGCCCUCAAAAUAUAGAAGAGAAAGUCAAGUAUAUCUUUGAUUUUACUUGUGCCUAAUUAUUUCCUUUUGAAUUUUAAGGGUAACUUAACUAUCUUCACGUAAAGGCAGUCAUGCAAAGCCUCUAUCAUGUUCUUUUAUUAGGCCUGCUUGUUAAAAAUUAAUUAUAUCGGCCAAAUUAUAAAAAAAAAUUUCACCUGAUAACUUGUGUACAUUUCCUAAAAGGUGUCCAGAAAAUAAAAUUAUUUUACUUCUCUGUCAUCGUAACAAGUUACAACUAAUUAAACUUUAAAUUUAAAGUAAUGAAAGCAACAAUUUUUUUUUGGUGUAAAAGUUUGACUUAUUUUAUCUCUCAACAGAUGAAGGUAUUUGGUUGUUUGAUUGUGGGGAAGGCUCGCAAAUACAGCUAAUGAAAAGUUUACUAAAGCCUGGGAAAAUUAAUAAAAUUUUUAUAACACACCUGCAUGGAGAUCAUGUAAGUUUCAUACCUUCAGCGUAAAAUAAUCUGUACUUCAAAGAUAUUCCGUAAUUAAUGCAUUUGCCAAUUAUGACUCUAAAUUUUGUUCAUUUGAUGAAAUACCAUGUUUUUAUAUGAAAAUAAGUGUACUAAAAAAGCCAGGGACGAGUAAGAGACUUACUAAAAUAUGGAGCGUGAAUCGGAGCUGUAGUUAGGAGCUCUGGAGCAGAGUUUAAUUGCGCAGAGAUGGCAAACAUUCUUAUUGUUCCAAAGUCCGAAAGUUAAAAAAUUAAUUUUAAAAAUAUCUAGGUAAAAACUUUAAUUUUUUUUGUUUCAGCAAUUUUCAAAAAAGAAAGGAAAAAAAAAAGACAAUUUUUUAUGGAAAAUUAAAAUCCAAACAAAAACCAAGAAGCACAUCAUAUGUAUAUUCAUUUUUAAAGCUAAUCCUGGAAAUCUAUGCAACUAUUUUGUUAUUUUGACAUCACUAUUUUCUGCUGUAAUUUUAUUUGUUUCGUUUAUAAGUUUAAUACUGACAGUUCAGAAAUAUAGUGUAAUUCCUCUUGGUGUCUGUUUCAUUUGUAAGCACUGACCAUUGAAAAAAAAAGGGCUGGGGUGGAGGGGGCAAGAUAGGAUAGCAGUAAUAGAGUAUUGCACACACAUUCCUAAUUUUAUUUAAAUUUAACAUGUAUACUAAAGAGAGCAUUUUUGCCUGGGAUGAUUGAUCACCUAUACUCCAUAUUAUCUUUUUUUAAUUUUCAUUUCUGAGGAGGUGGGCUGAAGCUAACAAAAAAAAAAGAUUUCUUUAACCAUGCUCAGCCAAUUAGUCUGCUUCAUGACCCUGCUCUGUACUCAUUGAUUGCUGCUAAUAUGCUUUUAUUUAAAAUGUAUUUCACAUGUUAAAAAGGUAUUGAAAAAGUAAUAACGCACAUUUACAAAAAGGGUUAAUAUUUAACACAAAAUAGCAACUACACUUUAUAUAAGUGUAGAUGUUAUAGCUGCCAUAUAACUUUUAAUAUCUUUACAUUCUUUAUAGAUAAUAAUCACAUUAUUUUUUUCUUUCCCCAAAUUAAAAACUAGUACAAGUUUUUUUGUAUUCUUUUUUAUCAAAUUUUAUGUACAGAGCAGUUAAAAAUGUCUGAACUAAAUAAAGUUUAUGGUUUUAGAAUAUGAGAUGUACUCAUUUUUUAAUAUCCAUACAAAAUGUAGAUGAAAACCAUACAUCUGAUCAUACAGUUUAAAAUGUGUUAUUAGAUUUCCUAAAUAGGUAAUUUGUUUUCUUCUCAGUUGUUUGGACUUCCAGGGCUUUUAUGCACAAUAAGUCAGAACAAUCAACGAGAUGCUCCUGUAGAGAUAUAUGGGCCUCUUGGUCUACGGCAUUAUUUAAACACAGCCUUAUGUCACUCUCGAUCAGACAUAUGCUUUCAGUUUGUUAUUCAUGAGCUUCAGCCCCUACCAUUUCAGUUGCCAGAUAACAUAGAGGUGAGACAGUCUUUAUAAAGCUAAGAGUAGCAUUUUUUAAAAUGUUAACUCUUGCAAAAUCCUUUAAAUAAUUAUAUUCUUGAGUGAGAAAACCCAAACAUAGAAUUAUUGUCUAACAUUAUUUAUGUAUGCUUAUUCUCUUUUCUAAACUAAUUUUCAUCACUACAGACAGCCUUCAUAAUCCAGACAUUGAUCAUACAAAAAAAACAGGAUUCCACAUAACCGAUGUAUUACAGUAUUUCUUUCAUAACCCAUAGCAUAAAUUUUGGAUUCCUUGGAAUAUUAGUUUGAGAAAGACUGCGUAUUCAGUUUAUCUAUCAGUUUACUUUGAGGAGGCCUACAAAUAUUCUUGCAAUUUCUUUGUGAUAUCUUCAUUUGUCAUUUAUCUUGUGUGCUGAAGAAGGCUCUAAGCCGAAAUGUCCUAAUCUUUUUGUCCUGUUCUCUAAUUCAAGCUUACACAUACCUUGUUUUGCAAUUUCAUUUACUAGGCUUGAAUGCAGUGCUUUAAUUAUUAUAUCUUAUUCAGAGAUUGAUUUGUUUUAGGGUUCAUUUGUUAAUGUGUCUUUAUGUGCCCAACUUUUUAUCUUCAUAUUCAUUAUAGAUUCAUUUUCUGAGAAAUAUUAUCAAACAAAUGAUCUUAAAUACAUUUCAUUUAAAAUUAAAGAUGUGAAAAAAAUAUAUGCAAAGUCCGACAUUUACACAAUUUUUUUUACUAAAAUAGCAUUUUUAUUCCUUAGCAAUGUUCAGUUUUUUAAAGAUUUUUACAUCAAAUACAAAUAAAAAAAUAUAGAAUCUCAAUUAAAAGCCUUUUUUCUAUUUUUUGGUGUCUCUGAACAACCAAAUAAUUUGACUUAAAUCUUAUUAGAAUUAGGGUCAAAUUCAAUCAAUUCAAUCAAAAUACUUUGUUGAUUUUAUGUAAAGAAAUAUUUAAGCUUGCAAUUGUACGUCUAUAGGAAUGGCCAUUACAAAACGACAUGACAGCCCCAUUUCAUCCCAAAGAGUGUCCUGGCAGCAUUAUCAUCCCUGAUGAGAAUCAACUGUGGCAUUUGUAAGUGAUUGAAAUCAUGAAAUCUUUUUAAUCAUUGUGUGCUGAUUUUUUUUGGUCUGUGAUUUUGUACUGACUUCAGUUUAGAGAUAGAAUGGGGUGCAGUCUAUUUAUGGCCAUUACCCAAGUAUAGAGUUAUAUUUUAUUAUGUCACACAUGGUUGAGAUAACAAGAGGUUAACUAGUUAUGUAGCAUUUUCAAAAAAAAAUUUUUUUUUACUGUACACAUGCCACAGUGAUGAACAUUAGGCAUGUGGUUCAAAGAUAAAGCAGGUUUUUAUAGUACAGUGAUGAGCAUAGACGACAUGAUACAAAGAUGAAAACAAUUCCUAUAGUACAUUGAUGAGCAUAGGGCACGUGGUAAAGAUAUGAAUGCAGUGCACAUGGUACAACAAUAACCAUAGAUUAAUACAUUAUGAAUAUAUGUUAGUAUUUAUAGUCAUUUUAUCAUUCUUUAUAACCUCACCCCCUUUUCUCCAAUCUAACUUUCCCAAAUUUUGUCUUGUAAUUAAAUCUUUUUUAAUUCAGAUAUUCUGAUUCCAAACUCAGUGUGAAAGCAGUUUGGGUAAAGCACAGGGUUCCUAGUUUUUCAUUCAUUAUUAAAGAGUCGGGGAAGACUGGCAAGUAAGGUGUUACACUUUUCUAAUAAAUUGCUUCUUAAAUAUUCACCCUUACCUUGCAAGAUUAUAGCCGAAAAAUAUAAAUUUUAUGUUUUUAAAAUAUCACUAAAUGUAACAUGAAAUUAAUAACUUACAUUUUAAUAAGAUAUAAAGGUUCAAGACAUUUUGCUUUAAACAAUACCUUGAAAAAAUAAACAACACUUUUCUUUUAUCUGUUCAAUUUCAAAUUCUUGAAGUUGAUAGAGAGAACUCCUAAAAAACAAAUUGCAGUUACAAAUUGCUCUCUUUCAACUAAUAAAUGCUUACUUGUUGAUUCAAUUUCCUUUAAAGGCUAGACGCACAGAAAUUAAAAUCACUUGGAGUGUCCCCUGGUCCUCUGUAUGCAAGGUUGAAGGCAGGGGAGACAGUUGUCACUGAGAGUGGAACCACUGUGAGUAAAUUAACGAAGACAGCAUCUUGAAAGUUCUAAAUUUGAGUACACCUAAAUGCCUCUAAUACUGUGUAUUUAAUAGAUAAUUAUUUGAAGUUGCCACUAAGUAGACUGUGCUUGAUGUAAUGGGAAAAUGUAAUGCCUGCUUAAAUGUUGUCACUGAUGAAGUAUCUGAAGUUUACAACUAUUCAAAUCAUGUUAAUGCCCUGUUUAUAAGAUUGUGGGACUGGGAUAAAGCUUUCAAAUAGAUUAAUGAGAUACAAAAAAUUUGUGUAAAAAUGUAAAUGUUUUGGGAAAUCCAUAACUCGCGCCAACUCUUAUUAUUUUAUUUUUAGAUAGGAGACAUGGGGAAUUUUUGUUUGUAUUAUGUAAAAUAAAUGUAUACUUAUUUAUAUCAAUGGGUUGUUUUUUUUUGUAUUGAUGAAGGCAUUUUCCAAAAAGUUUACAUUUGUUCUCUGUAUAGUCAUUAUUAAAGCUGAACCCAUAUUGUUUUGUUUACAAGAGUUGUUUGUCUCUCAUUAAUGCCCUAGUUGCACUAAUGCUGCUGCAGUGUUUUUGCAUGUUGUUGUCACUCUGGGAACCUUUUCCCUUUGUAGCUAUUCAUAGCUGAAGACUUAAGAGAACAAGUUGAUUGACCUUAUGUUUUUCAUAAUUUGUUUCAUUAUAUGUUUAACGAUUAUCAAGUGGAUGAGCAUGUGCUGUAAGGGCAAACAGCUCUACAAUUAAUAAAAUUAUUUAGAAAAUUAUUGUCACAAGCCAUAUAAUGCAUAACUGCAGUAGGCUAAUUUUACCAAGUCUGCUGUGUUUUCUUUCAGCUUUUUGUUUUUAAAAAUGCUAGUUUCUUACCUUUCUUAUUCUUCUAAAUCAAAAUUUUGAGAACAUCAAUUUAAAAUUAAUGAACUUACAUUUUUUUGUGAAACCACAACUACCUUUUUUUUCCCCCUCUAAUAUUUGACCAGAUCUUGCCUUCAGAUGUUGUUGGGGACUCCAUACCCGGCAGAACAAUUGUUAUUUCAGGAGACUCAUCAGAUUCCAGCCAGCUGCACAAACUGGCAAAUGGUGCGACAGUCCUUGUACAUGAAGCUACGUUAGAAAACUCUUUACGUGAUCAAUGUGUACAAAAUGGUCAUUCUACCCCAGGUAUGGAAAAUGGUGAUUUUUAAGUACAACCCUUGUCACAUGGGGGCAGUACGAAUAUGCUAGAAUAAAAGAAUUGGGAAUUUUUAUAGCUAUUAUAUAUCCUUUAAAAAAUCAGGUUUGAUCCUGUAAAAUAAAGAAAAAUGUAUUCUUUGCCUUCCUCUGAGCACACAACUGGAAUUUGAAAACAACAUGUGUUGCAACAGCAUGUUGGCACCAGUUAUAUCAUUCAGAUUAAAUAUAACAUAUUUUUAUAAAAAGAGGGCUUUUUUCUGCAAAAAAUAAAGCUGUUAUUUAAACUUUGAAAUAUGGCAAGUAAGAAAAAAUAAUGUAUGGUAUUAUUGCAUUCUGCCGCAAGUCAGAUGCAUCUCGGCACAUUAAAACAUUUACACGAAAUUGAUGGCCACGCAAUAUUGCAAAUUGGCUAAAGUUAUUUGAAGUUAUGAACCAUUUCUGAUCCACAGAAAUGACAGCAAGCUUAGCCAAAAGCCUGGAUGUUAAACUGCUGAUUUUAAAUCAUGUUAGUUCCAGAUAUAAACCUGUAUCUGCAAAGCUUAGUGUGAGUAACUUUAUUGUGUCAAGAUAGCACAGUUCAUGCCUCUUAAGUUUAUAUCUUGGUUGGCUUAGCUUCCACUUUCCUAGCUUUCUUUUCGUUGAUAUGUAGAGUAGAGACCGACCGAAAGUGAUUUUCUGAUUUCGGCCGAAACCGAAAAAAGGCCGAAAGUUUAAAAAUGAAUUUCGUCCGAAACCGAAAAUGAAAUAUUAAGAUAUUUUGAAAUUCGUUCCCGCAUACAUUCUGCUUACAUCGAAAAUGAUGUGGGAAAAUAUAAAUAUUUACAUUCUUUUUAUAAAAAUGAGAUAAUCGUAAAUAUUAAUAAAUAAAAAUCUAAUUUAGGGUUCUCGAACUCGCGGCCAGUGAGCCAUUUGUGACUCGCAAGACGAUAUUUUGCGGCCGGCUACAUGACAGAAAAGUUUAGUGUAAAUGUGCCGGCCCGUUUCCCCCAUUCUCAUAAUAAUAUAUAACGUGACUCUCCGCGACAGUUUCAGUCGAAUCUCACCCACUAAUCUAAUUCUGAUUUUUUUUUUUUUUAAUGUCUCUAUAUAUUUUUGUAUGCCAGCUCUCUGGCAACAGUGAGUAGGUGGAUGAAAGUGAAUCCUAGUUCUUGAGAACCCUUAAUGAUUUUUUUUUUAUUUAUAAAGGUUGACUAGAUUGUAACAGUUGUAAUCGCUUUUUGUGUGGAUUACUUGAUGCGGCCCACUCUCAUUCAGACACUACCUCCUGCGCCGCCCCCCCUGAUGAUUUGAGUUUGAGACCCUUGAUCUAAUGAAUACUUUGGAUUUUACCAUUUUAAUAUAAAUCUAAUUUAAAUUGCUUUACAAUUUUUUUUCAAAUUUGUAUGGUAGGAGAAAAUUUGGCAGAAAUUGGGGGGGGGAGGGGGGGAGGAGGAGGGGAAAUUAAUGCAAAAUAUUAUUUUUUUGAAACCGGGUCUCUAAAAAAUGUGGUUCUAAAAGAUCACUUAAUUGGUUCUUAAAGAUCGCUUAGUUUGUUGUUAAAGAUCGCUUAGUUUGUUGUUAAAGAUCGUUUAAUUGGUUGUUAUUGAUCGGUUAGUUUGUUGUUAAAGAUCGGUGAGUUUGUUCAUAAAGAUCGCUUAGAUUGUUCUAAAAUAUCGCUUAGUUUAAUCUUAAAGAUCGCUUAAUUUGUUCUUAAAGAAAGCUUAGUUUGUUGUUAAAGAUCAUUUAGUUUGUUGUUAAAGAUCGUUUAGUUUGUUGCUAAAGAUCGGUGAGUUUGUUCAUAAAGAUCGCUUAGAUUGUUCUAAAAUAUCGCUUAGUUUAAUCUUAAAGAUCGCUUAAUUUGUUCUUAAAUGUCGCUUAGUUUGUUGUAAAAUAUCGCUUUCGCUUAGUAUUAAAUGACCGAAAACCUGAGUAACUUUCGGCCGGAUGGCCGAAAGUCUAAGACAAUUUCGGCCGAAACCGAAGAAAAACCGAAAGUUAAUUUUUCUCCUUCGGCCGAAACCGAAAUUAAGCCGAAAGUUAACUUUCUAGUUUUGGCCGAAACAGAAACUUGGCCGAAAGUGAUAAAAUGGCCACUUUCGGCGCCGAAACGGAAGCCGAAAUUCGGUCGGCCUCUAAUGUAGAGUAGUUGGGUGUUCGUUAAUAUUAUUAUCACAUCUGUGUCACAAUCAGAAGGUAUGAGGAUUUUUAGGGGGUUUUCAUUUGUCUUGGAGCCACACCAACUAUUGGAAACAUAAAUAGGCAGGUGGAUUGAAAUUAUUAGGCUAUUAUGCCAUAAUUUAAGAGUUGUAGAGAGCAAAAAAAAAUCCUGAGUAAAAGAAAUGAAUAUUUGAAAUUCUGUAGCAAAUUAAAAUUGAUCAGUAUAAACAUUUUCUUAAAAGGAAAUUUAAAAAAAUUAAAAACAAAAUUAAAGAUAAUAUUUUACCAUUUGUUGUGAUAUUUUUUAUAUUGUGAAAGAUUGCUUUAAAGUAGAUGUAUCAGAAUCUGCAUAUGUUCAAGUUUACAUAUUUGUAUUAAUUAUAACUAUUUAUUAAUAUUACAAAAAUGUAGACAAAUUUUUUUUAAAUUUCAGGAUGAUGAAAAGAGUGCGCAGAUCCUUCUUGACGAAGCUUUGGAUAUUUUACCUGCACACAAAGUGCUCUUAGCCGAGGAUUUAUUUGUAUACAAUGUGUCUAGAUGAUGUGCAAAAAAACAUUCGUAAUGGAGUUGUGAAGGAAAAUUUGAACUUGAUGAGCUGAACAGUUGGGCAUUAUUGUAUUCAGUAUUGUAAUCUACAAGGAGUACAAGCUGGCCUCUAUUGACACUGAAUAAAUUAAAUUGUAAUACA